AACACUUCCGGCUGCGGCUCGUUGUUCUUCACCACAUGUGUUAGCAGACGGAGGAGCAACGUGCGGAGUGGAGACUUCACCCACAGGACUUCUUUAAACCAUUCCCAGCGUAUGUCCUGGAUAUUUAAUGCUGAGAAAUGACAGAGAGUAAAGCAGAAGCGGGUCCAGCGCCCGCUAAGCAACUGUUGGCGUUAAAUCCAGAACAAGAGUCAGAGUUUAAGAAGAAAGUCCAGGAGGUGAAGAAGAAGAAACACGUCAAGGGGGCUCGUCUGAAUCCAGGUGUGGUUUACGUCGGCCACCUGCCGCUGGGGCUGUUCGAGCCUCAGUUAAAAACCUACUUUGAACAGUUUGGGAAGGUCCUGAGACUCCGGCUGUCCAGAAGCAAGAAGACCGGAGGAAGUAAAGGCUACGCCUUCGUCGAGUUCGAGUGUGAGGAAGUCGCUAAGAUCGUUGCAGAGACCAUGAACAAUUACCUCAUGGGAGAGAGACUCGUCAAAUGUCACGUGAUUCCAGCAGAGAAGGUGCACGAGAAGCUGUUUGUGGGCUCCCAGAGAGAGUUCAAGAAGCCGUUGCUUCCCGCGGUGAAGCGCUACAACAAGCCGCGCUCCGCCGAGCAGCUCGAGCAGAUGACCGAAAAGCUCCUCCGCAAGGAGUCCAGGCUCCGCAAGAGGCUGGCCGCUCAGGGCGUCCACUACGACUUCCCCGGAUUCGCUGCUCAGGUGGCUCAGAAGAAGAAGAAGUCGUCGUCAGACUCCAUGAACACGUCUUCCUGUAGUGACGACGCCACGCCGGUCUGCACGCCGUCCUUCCUGGAGAAGAGGAAGUCCGCUGUCGCAGACGACGAUGCAGAUGAUGAGAUCGUCAUUAAGAUGCCAGCUGAAGCGAGCGAUGAGGAGGAGAGCGAUGAGGAGGAGAGCGAGGAGGAGGAGAGCGAGGAGGAGCCAGAGGAGCAGUGAAUGUCUGGAGCCUCGUAUCCUGGACUUUGUCAGAGCAGAUGCUAACCUCUGGAUCCUGUACAGACUAAUCAGCAGCGCUGAGCUGUGUCUUCAUGGAGGAGACGAUCUCAGAGACGAGCCUCCGGGUUUCUGACUGAAACAGCUGAUGGACGCAGUCGGAAAGACACAACUUCCUGUUUUCAUUUCCACCUCUGAUUUCUUUACCACUGAUGUGUUUAGCUUUAAAAACACAGCUGUAGGUUAAAUUUAAAUGAUGUGUCAUUAUUAGAAAGAACUGAGUAAGUUACGUAAUGAUGUUCCAUCCAUCAUCUGUACCCACUUAUUCUACUGGUCACUGGGGGCUGGAGUCUGUCCCAGAUACAAGACGAGAGGCAGGUUCAGCCUGGACAGGUCACCUGUCCAUCACAUGUGAUGCUAAAAACAAAAAGCAAAUA